AGAGAAGCGAAGCGCGGCGCCGGGGAAGUUUGGCCGCUGCGCCGCCCCGUCCGUCGCCACGGCAACCGGAGUGCCCGCCAUGGCGGCGCCCAGCGUGUUCCUGCUGGCCGUGAGCGGCGAGAUCGAGAGCGGGGAGUUCCCAGGAUUCGAUGACCUCUACUGCAAGUUCUCCUUUGUCUACGGCCAGGACUGGGUCCCCACGGCGGGCCUGGAGGAGGGAAUCUCGCAGAUCACCUCCAAGAGCAGCGUCUCGCCCACCACGCUGGUCUGGAACUUCCCCAUCGACAUCACCUUCAAGAGCACCAACCCUUUUGGCUGUGAGUGCCGGGGGGGGUCUGGCCCCGCUGCCAAAGCCCCCCCUCACCCCCAUUUCCUUGCAGGGCCACAGAUUGUGCUCAGUGUCUACGGGCCUGACUUCUUUGGCCACGAUGUGGUCAGGGGUUAUGGAGCUGUGCACGUGCCCUUCGUGCCAGGCAGACACAAAAGAACCAUUGCAAUGUUUGUGCCAGAGUCCACCUCGAGGCUGCAGCAGCUCACAAGCUGGUUCACAGGGAGGCGCCCGGAAUUCACCGACCCCAAAGUGGUGGCACAGGGAGAGGGACGGGAAGUGACCAGGGUGCGCUCCCAGGGCUUUGUCACCAUUUCCUUCAACGUCAUGACCAAAGACCUGCACAAGCUGGGCUACGACGUGGGCCAGGGGCCUGGGCCCCAGGGGCUGCAGGGCCUCUGAGCCCCCCAACCCCAGGGGCUGCACAACCUCUGAGCCCCCCAACCCCAGGGGCUGCAGGGCCUCUGAGCCCCCAGACCCAGGGGCUGCACAGGGGCUGCAGGGCUUGUGAGCCCCCAGACCCCAGGGGCUGCAGGGCCUCUGAGCCCCCAGACCCCAGGGGCUGCAGGGCCUCUGAGCCCCCAGACCCCAGGGGCUGCGCAGGGGCUCUGAGCCCCCCAACCCCAGGGGCUGCAGGGCCUCUGAGCCCCCCAACCCCAGGGGCUGCACAGGGGCUCUGAGCCCCCCAACCCCUGGGGCUGCACAACCUCUGAGCCCCCAGACCCCAGGGGCUGCAGGGUUUCUGAGCCCCCAAACCCCAGGGGCUGCACAACCUCUGAGCCCCCCAACCCCAGGCAGGGGCUGCACAAUCUCUGAGCCCCCCAACCCCAGGGGCUGCAGGGCCUCUGAGCCCCCAGACCCAGGGGCUGCACAGGGGCUGCAGGGCCUCUGAGGCCCCAGACCCCAGGGGCUGCAGGGCCUCUGAGCCCCCCAACCCCAGGGGCUGCAGGGCUUCUGAGCUCCCCAACCCCUGGGGCUGCACAGGGGCUGCAGGGCUUCUGAGCCCCCAGACCCCAGGGGCUGCAGGGCCUCUGAGCCCCCAGACCCAGGGGCUGCAGGGCCUCUGAGCCCCCAGACCCCAGGGGCUGCACAGGGGCUGCACAGGGGCUGCAGGGCUUCUGAGCCCCCAGACCCCAGGGGCUGCAGGGCCUCUGAGCCCCCAGACACAGGCGCUGCAGGGCCUCUGAGCCCCCCAACCCCAGGGGCUGCAGGGCUUCUGAGCUCCCCAACCCCAGGGGCUACACAGGGGCUCUGAGCCCCCCAACCCCUGGGGCUGCAGGGCUUCUGAGCCCCUCUACCCCAGGGGCUGCACAGGGGCUGCAGGGCUUCUGAGCCCCCCAACCCCUGGGGCUGCACAACCUCUGAGCCCCCAGACCCCAGGGGCUGCAGGGUUUCUGAGCCCCCAAACCCCAGGGGCUGCACAACCUCUGAGCCCCCCAACCCCAGGCAGGGGCUGCACAACCUCUGAGCCCCCAGACCCCAGGGGCUGCAGGGCCUCUGAGCCCCCAAACCCCAGGGGCUGCACAAUCUCUGAGCCCCCUACCCCAGGGGCUGCAGGGCCUCUCCCAGAGCCCUUCUGAGGGAAAGGAGGAGCUGCUCCAACUCAGUCACUCCAAAAAACACCAGCCUGGGAGGAUCUGGGAUAACGCCCAAUGCUGAAGUGUUGUGGGAGUUGAUGUUAUUGGUAACAUUCAGUGUUUUAUGGAUGAUUAUUGUAUUUUAUUCAGUAUUUUUAGGGGUCAGGCUGUCUCAGAGUUAGGCCUGUAACAAAAUAUUUUUAUAGCAGCCUUUUGUACACCUUUUUAUAGAAUUAAUGACACAAAGUUUCCAGCUGUAGCAGUUUCCCUGCAGUUAAAACUUUGCAAACCCAGUUUCUCUUUAGUGGUUUUUUUUUUUUUUUGGCAAAUGAGGAAUUUAAAUUAUUGCACCUUCCAAAAAUGGUCCUGUGAAAUGCAUCCCACUCUAAGCUUUUUUAGGCUGAAUAAAUAAACUCUGCUGUAUCAAUGGA